AGUCCUCAGUGUCUUUCGCUCGUCGUCCGCGGGAUACACAUUUUCACAGUCGAACCUAUCUUUUCGAAGUUCUAGGUGCUCAGAUCGAAACCCCCGCGACGUACAGGACGAGUGAAACGGCGACUCAGCGCUCAGCGCUCAGCAGCGCGGGCGCUUCUGCAAGGCGCUGAACUGUAUCGCGAAGUUUCCGUCAAUCAAGCGCACGUGUACAUUUAUACAGCACCUGCAUAGUCCCGGGACACUCUUGCCUCGAUCUCGACCAUCAUCCUGCCCCAAGCCUACACCGAUGUCUGCGCCGUCGAACUCGAAUGGCCUCGCUGAAAGGACUGAAGAUGCUCCUUCGGUUUUAGACGGCUCGAACGGUACGCCUCCUCCAGCCACUGGUCGCACACGCGGUAAAUCUGGUCGCACGAACGAGACUCCUCGAGUGUUCGGAAUACUUAAGUAUAUGCUAACAGGCAGAGGCGGAGUGGAAGACUACAGAGACAUAUACCCGGACGACCCGUACGGGGCGGAAGCGGGUCAGAACGCUCGCGUCUGGCGCGUGUAUCUGGACGAGACCGAGCAAUUCGACAACGACAUGAUCCAGGGCUUCAGGGACACUCUAGAUGUUCACCUUGUCUUCGCCGCGCUGUUCUCCGCCGUCGUGACGACCUUUCUCGUGCAGACUUCCCAGAGCCUGCAGCCCGAUUAUGGCCGUAUCAGCGCGGCCUUGCUGCUCGAGCUUGUGGCCUUGCAGCGCUCUAAUUCACUCGACAACGUACCUUCUACCGGUGUCGGCCUCGAAUCGAUCUCGUACUCGGCCUCCGACGUGUGGAUCAAUGCACUGUGGUCCGCGACGCUUGCUUUAUCGCUUGCUACAGUGCUAGUAGCUGCGCUUGUGAAGCAAUGGUUGCAAGAGUACGUCAGGACGCCAUCUGGGACCGCCCGCGAUCGUGCGUUGAAGCGUCAACUCCGUUAUGCGGCCCUCCUCAAGUGGAAGGUUCCGCUUAUAAUCAAUCUUGUACCGCUGUUGCUGCAUAUCUCCCUCGCGCUCUUCCUCGCUGGCUUCGUCGUCUUCCUAGAUCAGCUCUCUGCCCUGAUCUCGUCGAUUGUGGUCGUCCUUACAGGGUUGACUUAUGCUUUCUAUGUCGGAACUCAUGUUCUGGCGAUCGUGUACUGGCAGUCGUCGUAUCGAACACCUAUAACGCGGGCAGCCCGAGACGUGCUGCUUCCUUAUGUGGUGAAGCAAUACAACCAGAUCAACGAAUAUAUCUCCGACGAAGGACCCUCGCGCACCCUCGCGCAGAUCAAGUCCUCGCUUACCGUCGCUACGGCGAAGUACCUCCUCAGACGAACAGCCGAGUACGUCAAAUGCAUUCAAGACUAUUGGCAUGGUCUCGCUUCUCUGCAACCAUGGACUAUGGUCCGACGAUGGUGGCGUGGUCCCAGGACGCUCCUACACGCCCCGGUCCCAUUCGAAGAUGCAGAGCUCUUAGCUACGGGAUGCGGACCCAGGGCAGGAUUGCCCGUCCACAUCAUGCUCGACUGCAUGAAAUGGCUGCACAGGUAUUCGUUCAAUCCAUCGAAGCUCGACGUCAUAUGCGAUGCGUUAGCCGGAUGGCCCGCUCCCCUGUCGGUGCAGAAUGGUCACCUUGACUGGUCCAUUCAGACCCUCGCCUUUGGACUCGUGGAGCUUUUGAGGCAUCGGCUCGACAUCUCCGUGGACACCCCAGAACGUGACUGGGUCAACUUCGAGCGCUGUGCGCGUGCUGCAUGGUGCAUUAGAGGUCUUGCGCGCGAGCAAGGGGGCGAUCUGAUACAGGCGAGCCUGGACCGCUUCAUCGAGGACGUUGUUCUGAACGCCGAGGACAAGAUCGUGGAUAUCAAGGCCACCCUCCGCAGGGUGGAUGCCGAGCUCCUGAGUCGAUUGAGGUGUUUACACGUACCUCACGCCCUGAUACAACCAGGACGCCCAGCUCGCGAUAGCGAGCAUUCGCUUCUCUCAUCUAUCGAUCCGUUCCACGCACGAGACUUCCCUAGAGAUCCCGACAUGAAGCUCGCCCUCAUAACCUGGAAUACAUUGCUUCAUGCCGCCUGUCAAGCAAUAUCUCGAGAGCACAGUUUCGUCUUGAGGACUCCGUUGCAGAUGCACUCUACAUCUGACAGAACGCGAAGGUCCAUCGGCUCCGCCGAGCAAUAUCUCGACAGUAAUUCGCUUCCCUCCGUGUUGCAGCUGGCAUGGGCAUUCUCCAUUGGUAACGGGUGGGUACCACCGGUGCGAGCGUCUCCAUACACGAUGUGCGAAGGCGGGAUCACAUUGGCCACUGCGUGUCGCCACCACCCGGAUAUCCGCGAGCUCGUUCAGAUUUAUCUAGGUCGGGUUUUGCAAGCUGACCACCGAAGCUGGACUAAUUGUUUAGCGAAUUUAACAGGGUACAUGUGGCGGACAGGCCAGCCCAUGCCUGACUGGUUAUCGAAAGAAUGCCGCGAACAAUAUCAACAGGAGAUUGAAUAUUCUCAAGCUUUCAGGCGCAUCCACUCGAUCUUGACCCAGCCGCUCACGGACAUCGCAGAUGCCAUUGAUUCGACGAGAAGUGCAAUCGGCGUCCUUGAGCAUGUCCUCGUCAUACAUGGGGCAACACGAAAUCUCCUUCCGCGCGACCAUCUAUAUCACGCUUUCCGAUACUCAGACGCGCUCGCCGGUGAUGCAUCGCGAUCUAUGACACCUCCUCCCUUGCUUUGCUAUCCUAUCAUGGCUAUAUUCGAUCUGUCCAUGCAAUUAUACUUCAAGGCCAACAAAAGCGAACUCUUGGUUGACGCCCUGGAGAUAUGCAAAGCGUCUUCCUUGCUGGAAUACCUAAAAUAUGCCUGCGACACUCCCGAGGCUAUAUGCGAGGCACAGAUGACGAUGGACGGGUAUAUUCGUGCAACUCUGUGCAGCCUCGAGCUGCCCUGGUAUGGUCAGACGGUGGACUACCUUCUCACGAAUGAUGUCGUGGAGUGGAUGGCGGAAUUAUGCCUUCCUCGACGUCGCAAGGGGGAGGCCAUAAUACUGACCUGCGCACGACCCUACUUAGCGUCCUUACGGUACCUCCAUCAACGCACUGUAGGGAACCCCGUCUGGCGUGACACGCUCUUGCGCCUAGUUUCCAGGGUACAGAGCGAGAACGCCAUGCGACAAGAUUCAGCCAGCUGGAAUUGGGAUUCCUACCUGUCUCUGGCGUAUUUUGCGGCAGCUAUCGAGAUGGAAGAUGAGCUUCACGUGCCGGAGGACUAUCCAUACCCGUCCUUGCUGGUGUACGUCAAUGUCGGAUGGAUGAUUGAAACUGGUAAUACGCUGCGACGCAUAGAUGGAGACCUAGUCUAUGGUCCCUAUGCAGUCCCGUACGAUGCGUCAUCCGAGCUCAGAAGCGCCGGAUCUGGAGAUGGCGAUGAAGAGACUGAUCUGGACGACAUUGCGACGCAGGCCACAGGUCAGCACAUCGAGGAAUCAAGGAUACGAAGUUUGCGCUGCGUAUUCGAUGCUGGAAGAAAUCUUUCUCGAUGGAGGACGUGGUCACCUUGGCGUUCGCUUCGCAAUAAGAACCCGCUCGAAGAAGUAGUCGACGACCGCGAGGCUAAUCCAGAUGCGAGCAGGGCGUAACCCGACAAAUUGAAGAUAUAAAUACGUCGGGGAGAGGGACGUUUCCUGUUUAGCGGCGUUCAAUAUUCGGGGAUGGAUACAUGUGGCGGGGUAAAGCAGUAGGGAUUAGACGAGCAUAUGAGAACGUCGACGUAUCGGCAAGGGGUUGAC